UCCGACAAGGAUGCGCGAAACCCUCGAAGGGAUUUCCCUUUAUUUGAUAUCCUUGUUGAUUGCCUUGAAAGAAGGAAACAUAGUAUAAACAGACUAGAAACACAGCGCCAGUCAUGUCAGAGACAUACGAUUUCCUGUUUAAGUUUCUUGUAAUCGGAAAUGCAGGAACUGGAAAAUCUUGUCUGCUUCAUCAGUUUAUAGAAAAAAGAUUCAAAGAUGACUCGAAUCACACUAUCGGGGUUGAAUUUGGCUCGAAGAUAAUCAGUGUGGUCAAUAAGUUUGUCAAGCUCCAGAUCUGGGAUACAGCAGGACAGGAGCGUUUCAGGUCUGUAACACGCAGCUACUACAGAGGGGCAGCAGGGGCUCUUCUCGUGUAUGACAUCACUAGUCGAGAAACAUACAACGCUCUGACCAACUGGCUGACAGAUGCCAGGAUGCUGGCCAGCCAGAACAUAGUGAUCAUACUGUGUGGAAAUAAGAAAGAUCUGGAUGCUGACCGUGAAGUCACCUUUCUGGAGGCCUCGCGCUUCGCUCAAGAGAAUGAGCUCAUGUUUUUGGAGACCAGUGCUCUAACAGGGGAGAACGUGGAGGAAGCUUUUGUCCAGUGUGCUCGGAAAAUCCUUAACAAAAUAGAGUCAGGCGAGCUGGACCCGGAGCGGAUGGGUUCAGGAAUCCAGUACGGAGAUGCAGCGUUGCGGCAGCUGCGUUCUCCCAGAUGGGCUCAAGCAGGGAGCGUGCAGGAGUGUGGCUGUUAACACAGAUCCCAGUCAGCUGACCAACCAGGCAGGUUUUGUGAACACGAGGAGGAGGACAUUAGUGGGGAGUUUGACGUACGGCUCAUCAUGGUGGAGUGACUGUUUCCCUCACCUUACUUUUACUCCUGUUCUGACAUGCUGGGGGACCCCCUGUGCUCCAGAAGGCUCUGGAAAAUGUUUACUGUCCCCCUCGGGCCCAAGCCAAGACAUCUGUGGUACCCAAAACCCUGAGGGUAGCUAAAAGACCCGGCCCUUGUCCCUGAGAAUACUGCACUGAGCCCCUGCCCUGUCUUUCCCUCUUCCAUAUGUAGAUGUUGUGUAGAGAAGAGUUUCUAUUAUCACCGUGGAGCACGUUUCAUGGUUGCAGUGCUACGACAUAUUCAUAAAUGACUAUAUAUAGCAUAUAUAUAGCUUAGGCAUACUGUAUCCCUGCUUUAUGGCACGCACCUGUAAAUCUUAUCAAUGGAGUUUAUCGUGCAUUAUCUUGCUAACACAUUGUUUCCCUUUUAUUUGCUUUUUAUUUUUUUUCCAUGUCUGUUGUAUUUUAUUUUUUGGUUCGUAUGUUUUAGGAAAGGAUGCUAGGAUGUUUGUUUAAAUUUAAGGGCCAGUGCACACUUACCUUCAUAUCGCACUGUAAUACAUUGUCAGUAUGAACAGCUUCAAAAUCAGUGUUACAUGCUCUAUAUUUAUUGUAAAGCAUUCUUGUGCUGCAGUCCCAUUUUAAGGUGUCUGUUGGAAUGACACUGUGUUUAAACCGAUUUCUUUGUUUUCGAAAAUAGAUUGUGUUGUUUUUCUCUCCUUUUUUUUGUUUUGUUUUGUUGAGAAAAUGUAUUUUCUUAUUUUUAUCUACUUGUCCCCUGUACUUCUCUAUACAUUUUAAGUGAACAUAUCUCAAAUAAGCUUGCACUGAAAAUUAAUGAUAAAUCAUUGUGGACUUGACUUCAUAAUGCUUGUCAUUAUGUCUUUCUAUCAAGCUUUUAUGUUUGUAAAAAUGUAAAAUGGGACAAUUGCCAAUAGUCAUGUUUAACACUGCACUGAAUGGUAGUUGGUUCUUGGUUUUUCAUUAAUCUUGUGUCGACACUUUACAUCGACCUCAAAAAAA